AUGUGGUACUGGUUUCUGAAGUAUCACGUUGAGUCAGAGGACAUUGUCGACUCGGAGGAGCGCAAGCUAGUCGGCUCCUUCUUUUACGGUACCCUAUCAGCACGCAUGUUCUUUAACGCCUUUCUCGUCUCUGCGGGAGUAUUCACAGUCGCGGCCGGAGUCCUUUUAAUGGGGUUUGGAGUCAAUAGUGAGACUGUCGCAUCAUAUGCACACCUGUGCGGCCUCCUUGCGGCCUUGUUUAACGCCCUCAUGUGGAUUCCACAAAUUCUUGUUACAUAUGCUUUUGGCCACAAGGGCGCCUUGAGCAUGGGUUGGGUUUUGGCGUCUGUUAUUAUGGAUGUGGCUUACUCCAUCUAUCUUUCGGCGAUGGGCAUGCAUUGGUCUGUUUGGGCGAAUAAUAUUCCCGAUGGUAUCCAAACUGGCAUUCUCCUCGUCAUGCUUAUUUGGUUCGAGUACAGAGACCGCCAACGAGGCCUCGAUGAUUUCGGACACCACCUUGAAAACCGCGCCAAUGAACCAGUGCUGGCGACACUUCUUACGGAAGGCAGUGUGGAUAGAGCAGAAUUCACAGAGCUGUAAUAAGUGUAGCACGGUAUGUGCUCGAGCACUGUCAAGCAAGUGAGCGCGAUAACGGGACGGAAGGCGUUUUGUAUAUUAGAUGCGGGUAAACAAGCAAGCUGUACUGAACCAAUUUGCUCGCACUUGGCAGGGAAAUGCUCAUUUUUAUUCUAGCCGAAAAAGUUGUCGAGAGAGAGAAUGGCUGGAUGAUGUGUAAAUAGUAAGGCGAUUCGUGAUAGUGAGACGAACAUGCAGGAAACUUGUGGAGAAAGGAUUCAGGUCUCGAGGACAGUUUUGAUAGUUCAAGACGAUGACGUCGAGGAUUGGAGGUCUCCUCAAGAUCCAUGUUUGUGAAUGCACUAGGGCGAGCGACGAACUCCUGCUGCCGGUGUCAUUAUGGAGAUAUUAAAAAAGCCGGUGCUAUUCUUUUCGCGACGACGUCUGUCAGGGUUUGCAGGGCAAGACAUCUAUGGUAUGUUGUUGCAAUGGCACAGCCGUAUCGCGAGAAGAGCAUUUAGUAAAUAAACAUUUCUUAUUUUUGAUGUUC